AUGGCAACAAUCGUGAACCAGUUUGAUGUUGUGCGAGGUCUUGUUAGACCAUACGCAUGGCCCUUGGUGGCUAUUAUGUUGCUUCUAUUUGUCUUGGUGCCCCUGGCAAGGCGGCGCGGCAUGUUCAUGGAGGGCCGAGGCUACUCUGCCACCGGAAACUUUAGCUUCUUCGUCGGCAGAAAGCACAUUGUCAGCUUGGGCGGUUUAGACGGCCGGAAGACGUUCUUUGAGAGCAAGAACCUCAGCGUGUCACAGGGUGCUAUCGAGCUCCUCGCAGGCCUAGUCUCUACCAAUGAUGACCGCGAGGACUACGGUGCCCAGGACUUCAUCAAAUCCUUCUUGACCCUUACGCGACCUGAGAUACUCGCUCGUAAGCUGCCCGUGCUCACAGACGACAUACACGACUUUCGCCAGCGUCUCAGUCUAGCACCUGCGUCACCGGCCAAUCCACAAUGGCGGGUGAUAAACCCAUUCGAGACGGUGUACCCGCUCAUGUUCAAGCUGAUUCUGCGCGUCGUCGGCGUGUCGGAAUGGCUCGAGGACGCAAAGGCGCUGGACCGUGCUCUCUGGGCGUUUUGCGGCUUUGAGAGCAAUUGCAGCCGGACCCGUAUCGUCUUCCCCUCUCUCGUCACCCUCACGCACGCUAAGAAGCUGUUCUUUGGCGCCAUCUUGUACAUGGCCAUCGAAAAGGUCGUCAAGCAGCGCAAGGCCGGCAAACGGCGAGACGACGCCCUCCAGUUCCUGCUCGAUCAGGACAAGGAUGUCGUCAGGUUCCUCUUCAGCGUGCUCAUGUCCGGCAUCACGACCCAAGGGUGCACAGCCUCCUGGCUGACUGUCUUUCUGGCGCACAGCCCAGCGUGGCAGGCGCUGUGCCGUGCCGAGGUAGACGCCGUCGUUGCAAAACACCGAGCCAACCCGAGCCAGUCAGCCGACGACGUGCUCGAGGGCCUGUCGCUGCAGACGUGGGAGUCUGAGUUUCCCGUCACCAUCGCCUCGUUCCGCGAGACGAUCCGCCUCGCCAUGCCUGGCGCCAUGUUCCGCAAGAACGCCAGCGGCACCGCCAUCCCCAUCGGCGACACGGGCGAGGUCGUGCCCGACGGCUCCUACGCCUCGUUCCACCUCGACAAUGUGCACAUGGACAGCGCGCUCUAUCCGGACCCUGCAGCAUUCAACCCCGGCCGCUAUCUCUCGCGCGAGGUUGGCGGCAGCUACGACGACUUAAACCUGAAGCAAGAGGAGCCGCAUACCUACGUCGGCUGGGGAUCGGGCCGCCAUCUUUGCCCGGGCAUGAGACUUGCUAAGUGGGAGACCACCAUGGUCGUGUCGCGACUCCUUGCCAACUUCGACCUGGAGCCCUCGGAUCGCAGUGGCUCAAAGGUGCAAGUUCCUUUCCCGGGGCCGGACCGGAAUGGGUAUCGUCUGGACAAGCCUAAGGUACCAAUCUUUAUUCGGUACAAGGCGCGCGACGUUGGUGGAAGUGUUGGGGAAUAA